UUAGAAAUCGACAUGAGUCAGCUUUUCGUUAUGCAAUGGUGCAAAUGGGUCCCCGCUAAAUGCAACAUCCUGGCUUGGCGGGCGGAGAUGGAAAGAAUUCCGACGAUUUCAGCCGUCGAAAGAGGAACAUCCCGGUGGAGGAUCUUGCUUGUGGCCUAUGCGAGUCUUCGGAUGAGUCGGCAGAGCACUUGUUUUCCUCUUGUCUGGUGGCGAAUAGGAUGUGGAGCCACAUUAGUCGCUGGUGUGGCAUCCCUCCCUUAUUCGUUUUCGGGGUCAGAGAUUUGCUAGAGCUGCACCAUACUCUUCGGGUUUCUAAGGAGCGAAAGAAGAUCAUCCAUGGUAUCAUUAUUAUUGAUAUGUGGUGCCUAUGAAGAUCAUUGAAGAUAUUAUGAGUAUUGUUUUUCUUUUAGGUUAAAAUAAUUGGUGUAAGUUUAAUUUUGUAGAUUGACGUUUUUGUUUUUCAAACCUUGUUUUCUUCCAAGCCCUGAUUCCUUACAUCACCCACAGGAUACGUGUUCAUGGUGAGCUAAGCAUUAAAAAAUAUACCACAAAUCCUUUCACUAACGAAAUCUUGUACCAGAUAGAUAGAGACACUGACACACACGUUCAUUGGCUGGCUAUCCUUGAUCCAUAUUAUUCCUUCUACUUUCACUUGCCUUUUUCAAUCUUAAAUAAAUCUCCCAAUUCCCCUUCGGGUUUUCUCAAACCCAGAUCAAUGUUUAUACAUACAUACAUGAUCGUAGGUUUAUCUUGUGUUCCUUUUUUUUCUUUAAAUUGACCACCUUUUUGAAUCUUUUUUGUUAAUCUGCCACAAUGGGCGGCUGUCUCAGCAAGAAAAAUCGUCGUAACUCAAAUUAUAAUGGCCAUAGAUCUUCAAAACAUCAAAAUUACCAGCAAGUUUCUGAAAGUUAUGAGAGACCCACCUCCAACUACACUCAACAUCAACAAACCACACCACCUCCAAACCCUAGACAUGCUCAUGGGCCAGACCCUAAUAACAUUCUGGGGAAGCCAUUUGAGGACGUAAGAAGAAACUACACGCUUGGAAAAGAAUUGGGUAGAGGUCAGUUUGGUGUAACAUAUCUCUGUACUGAGAAUUCAACUGCUCAUAGUUAUGCUUGUAAAUCAAUCUUGAAAAGGAAGCUAUCAAGCAGCAAUGAUAAAGAGGAUGUCAAGAGAGAGAUUCAGCUUAUGCAGCAUUUGAGUGGUCAGCCAAAUAUUGUUGAGUUUAAAGGGGCUUAUGAAGAUAGACAGUCUGUUCAUCUUGUCAUGGAGCUUUGUGCUGGUGGUGAGCUUUUUGAUAGGAUUAUAGCUCAGGGACACUACACUGAGAAAGCCGCAGCUGCAAUUUGUAGGCAGAUUGUGAAUGUUGUUCAUGUUUGCCAUUUUAUGGGUGUCAUGCAUAGGGAUCUCAAGCCUGAAAAUUUCUUGCUUUCUACCAAGGAUGAAAAUGCAAUGUUGAAAGCAACGGAUUUUGGGUUAUCCGUGUUCAUCGAAGAAGGGAAAGUACAUCGUGACAUAGUUGGUAGUGCGUAUUAUGUUGCUCCAGAAGUACUGAGGCGUAGCUAUGGGAAGGAAAUCGAUAUUUGGAGUGCAGGGGUAAUGUUGUAUAUUUUAUUAACCGGCGUGCCCCCAUUUUAUGCAGAGACUGAAAAGGGAAUAUUUGAUGCUAUACUAGUAGGAGAAAUUGACUUUGAAAGUCAACCAUGGCCCUCGAUAUCAAGGAGUGCGAAAGAUCUUGUUCGUAAAAUGCUAACACAUGAUCCAAGAAAAAGAAUUACUUCCACCCAAAUUCUUGAGCAUCCGUGGCUCAAAGAAGGUGGAGAAGCAUUAGACAAGCCGAUAGAUAGUGCUGUACUGUCCAGAAUGAAGCAAUUUAGAGCAAUGAACAAGUUCAAGAAACUCGCUUUGAAAGUAAUUGCGGAAAGUAUGUCUGAAGAAGAAAUAAAAGGUCUCAAAGCAACGUUUGUCAACAUGGACACCGAUAAAAGCGGUUCAAUCACUUACGAGGAAUUAAAGACAGGACUUGCUAGGCUCGGUUCCAAGCUUUCAGAAGCUGAAGUUAAGCAACUCAUGGAAGCUGCUGAUGUGGAUGGAAAUGGAACAAUCGACUAUAUUGAGUUCAUAACCGCUACCAUGCACAGGCACAGGCUUGAAAGAGAUGAACAUCUAUACAAAGCCUUCUGCCAUUUUGAUACUGAUAAUAGCGGAUAUAUCACCAUGGAGGAACUAGAAACAGCCAUGAAGGAAUAUGGCAUGGGCGAUGAAGCUACCGUCAAAGACAUCAUUUCUGAAGUGGAUACUGAUAAUGAUGGAAAAAUUAACUAUGAGGAGUUCUGCAACAUGAUGAGAAGUGGAACUUCACAUCAAACAAAGCUCUUUUGAUGCUUUUAGUGCAACCAGAUGUAGAUGGGUGUGGGUCUGUUAUUAUGCUUAGUGUUAUGUAGAUGAGUUUCUUUUGCUUUUGGAUUAAUGAGCUUUUUUUACUCUUUAUAUGGGAAUAGUUACUUAUAAAUGUUAGUUAAAACUAUACCCCCUUAAUAACAUGUCAUCCCUCCCUAUUUGUUCACUAAUGUGGAUUGCUACC